UAAAAGCUGUUUAUAUGGGUCUAUGUGUCAUUAGUCCGUUUGUUAAUUUAUUAACUACUUGCAUAAUUUAUUAUGUCAUGUGUGAAAACUGUAUGAAAAAUAAUGAUGAAGCAGGCUUUAAAGUAAAUCAUUAUUACACAUUAGCAUAAUGUAAUUUACUGCAAAAAAACCCUUCUUUGAUCCCGGUAGACAUAAGCCAUUGUAGAAAUGAUUAAAUAUUAUAAAACAUUAGGAGAAGACAGGUUUAUUUCAUUUAUUUACUGUGUAGUAAUAAAUGUCUCGCGAUUGUGGACCUGUGACUUUGUAUGGUAAUUAAUUUGGACAAUACGGGGAUAGAAAAAUACCAGAAAUUAUAUGUAUUGCUAUAUGGACGGUCAUUGUUUGGUAAAAUGAACAUCACGAUUCAGCGUCUAUUAAAAAUAAAACCACAGUUGUGAACUUCAUUUUUAUGUUUUAUUAAGUAUUUAAAUAUUUUUGUUGCAAAUCGUGUGGUCAAAAAGUUGAAUAAUGAUGACUUAGCUUAAAGGUGAUGUUUGUAGUGAAAUUUGCAAAAAUGUGCUUAGUCAGAACAAUUUGCAGUAACAAUUAUGGUGUGGUCAAAAGACUUUGAUGAAAUUCGAUGAGUUAUUAAAGCCUGAAUUGUAAAUGGAAGGUGUAUAUGUGAUUUUCGCUUAAAAUUUGGAAAGUCAAAAACAGUUGAACGAACAAUUCAUGAUGUGAUCAAGAAUGUUAGAGGAAACCAAUGGAGAGUUUCUCGAUUCCAUCAUGGAAAGAACAAUAAGUUGUUGCGGAAAACGAGCUCUAUUCUUUCAGGAACUGAAAAUAUUUGGACUCUUGAAUUGAACCUUACAUAGAACACAAGAUGCACAUUGGCCAAUCAUGUUUCCUGGUAUCAAUCAGCUACUUCCUCCUCGUCUCAUGUAUGAUUCGCAAGCUUCCGAUGCCGGAUGGAGUCAAAAUCCAUUUCAACGGUGCUAGGAUGAUGCACAACAUUUCCGACGUACCGGGCGAACAGAUUUUCUGGGAAUGCAUGCAGCGAGUAAUGUGGCAAAUGGCAGAGCAAAUGGGACACAACGUCACACGAGAAACACGUGACUAUCUUGAUCGUCUGCUACAGAUCGCCGUUGACCCAUCGAAGGAACAGUUUCCGAGGAUACGUAAGGAGUAUCGAAUGAUGACAGAUGACGAAAGGGAUAGAUUUCAUAAGGCCAUUCAAGCAUUAAAAGAAGAUACGACACUGGAGCCAAACGUUUACUCUGCAAUUGCUGAACUUCAUGCAGGGGAUGUUAUUCCCAUGGCACAUUUUGGAGCAGCAUUCCCAGGAUGGCACAGAAUUCUUUUAUUAAUUUUUGAAACAGCACUACGCCUAAAAGACCCGUCGGUAUCCAUUCCCUACUGGGCAUCAAAUCUCGACAAUGAAAUGGAAGACCCUACAAAAUCUAUUGUUUGGUCAGAACAAUUUCUUGGCAAUGGUGAUGGUUUUGUUACCACCGGUCCCUUUGCCAACUUCAAGGUGUAUUCAACAGACACAAUUCUUACAAGAAAUAUUGGAGCGUCUGGGUCAUUAAUGACAAAUGAUGGCAUUCAUGGAAUUUUAUCUCGCAACAGAACCGCUCAUAUAACGUAUCCAAGUGCUCCUAAGCAGUACAAUUUAGAGUUGCAACAUAACGCGCUGCAUGUAUGGAUGGGAGGCAAUAUGGAUGAUUUAAGCCAGAGUGCCGAAGACCCAGUGUUCUAUCUUCACCAUUCAUUUGUCGAUUACCUAUGGGAAGAGUUUAGAACCAGACAAAAGAUGAUAGGGAUAGAUCCAGAAACGGACUACCCCGAAUCAAACUGGGGAGAUGAUAAUCAUGCGCCUGAUGCUGCUAUCGGUUUUGGAGACUUGAGAAAUGUUGACGCUUUAAGCAAUGUUAUUGCUGAUUUAGUAAAGUAUGACCCUUCACCAGUUUGUACCAGGAGUCAUCCUACAUGUAUAUCGAAAUAUCUUAGGUGUGACUCUUCGCGUUCAUAUCCUGCAUGUGUAAGUCUAUCGCAAGAAGAACUGAAUCCUCUGAAAGACAAUCAUGUUGAAGUUUGCGUUGAAGCGCAUCUUACUAGGGCUGUUCAAAAUACAUUUUCAAUCAACCAAUACUGUGAUAUUCGUAAAUGGGCAUACAUUCCCGUAAAAAUAGUUCUUCAAAGACCGCCUGAGUUUACAAAUUAUAAAGCAUUUCCAGUGCUAAAUAAUAAACCUGUGAUGACUACUGAUGUGUUUUCUACAAUUUCUGUCAAUAGAAAUAUAACAGAACAUUUAGCUUCAUAUCCUAAUUGUAAAGUGACUAGUGCAGUGGCAAGGAAAAUAUAUGUUGAAUCGUAUGGGUUAAAUUAUUAUGGGAAAUACAAAGACUUUACGGUCUUAGACCAAAGACACGCGUUAUCGUCAGCAACAACUUACCUCGGUGUAAAAUCGCCUGAAUCAAAUUAUACGGAUGUAAUAGUAUAUGCGUUUGACUAUUGUGGACGAACGUGUCGCCCGUUCUGUCUAGAUGUAUCUUCAAAUCCACCCAAAUCCACACCUUGCUCUGGUGUUCUCCGAAUCACUUCUGAAGACCCAAAACUAUAUGGAGAUGAUUACGCUGAGGCUGUUAAUAUGCUAUGGAAUGCUGAUAGUCCAGAUGAACUACCGGAGAAUGCACCUCUUCACUUUAUAACAUUUUAUUGUGAUUACUCAGGAACCUGGCCGUGGGACGAGGAAAUGCAAAGAAAAGUACAUGGACCAAAGCGACAAUUCAAACAUGAACCAGUAUUGCGUGAGUCAAAUGUACAAGAUGUAGUGCAUCAAAAAUUAGUUCAACCUGUGGUUGCAAACAAGAGACCGCCAUUGAGAACGGCAAAUACCCCGAGCCCAGUGGAAAAAGCAAAGACCGCUAGCCAAACCGUUCCGGAAAAGAAGAAAAAGACUGGUAAUACUAAUCGGCAAACAUCAAGAAGAAUUACAAUAAUACGUGCAAGACGGAAGCAAUCCACUCCAAGGCCUAGAGUAGAGAAGAUAAGCAAUAUACAAAGGACACAGCCACAAGUCAGUAGAACUCCAAAUGUAUUGCUCUUAGAUUUAAGUGACGCCACCGGCAGACCACCUAUUUCAAACAGACACCUACGACAGCCUACUAAUACACAAAGUCGAGGCAAUGACAGAAGUACCAGAUACACUGAACCUAACACGUUAUUCCAACACCGACCUAUCGAAGAUUUUGGACAAUCAUCACCAAUUAAUUCACCACAGAAAGGAUUUCGUUUUGGCGAAGGAUGCCGACUUCACCGUAACUGUAAUUUGCCCGUUCCCUGUUCGCCCUGUAUGCACAAGACUAGGCAGCCCUGCCUCGGCCCGAGCCGCAUGAUUGCUAUAUGUGUCAACGGGGUCUUCAUGCUUGAAACGAUGUACUUUGACUUUAUUGGAUGAGACAUGGACAUCAUAUUCUAGUAGCUUAACUUUAAAAGAUGAGACACCCAAACUAUGUACUGUGACGUUAAUUGACGAUAAUUAAUAGUGCAUAGCAUAACAGAUAGUGCUUACAGUGAUUAAUAGUUCAAACGUUUAUCAAUGAACAUUCCUUGGUUUGUUUAGAGUGUGUACUUUUACAUGGGUUGAUAACAUGUUGAUAAUCAUUGUUGAUGAUGGGGGUCGACACAUCAACAUGGCAAAUGUCGCUUGGCUGCAUUAAUUAUGAUCUAUGCUAUACGCUUUACAAAAAACGGACGAUGCGUAUUUAAUUGUUAUUAAUUUAUUUAUUAUAUUUAAUAUAUACUUAACAUUUCUUAAGAGACCGCUAGAACUUGAUAAAUUAUUAUUUUUAUACAUAACAAAAGUGACAUUGCCUUGGUAAAUAAGCAAGAAUUGCAACGUAAGAAUUAAUGUGCUCGUUGCUUGUUCGGUGUUAAGGUCAAAUGAUCAUAUUUGAGUAAAUAAUCCGAGAUAUUUCUGUAUCGCGUUUAAGGAUAAACAGUAUUUUAAAAGUAAUCAGACGAGUGUUGUUUGUUUUUUUUUUGCAAAAAGGACCAUUUCAACACCGAACAGGACAUUUUUGCAUUUGUGCUUCAGUUGCAAUUUGUGUUUAUGAACAAUGAUAACGACAACUGUAUGCGUGAAGUAUAC